GAGGGCCGUUGGAUGGAGCUUGCCUUCGAGAUGUGGACCUGGUACGCAAUGGGGGUAAUAGUCAUAGUUUCGGGGAGGAAAAACAAAUGAUGAAGAGAGAGAGCGAGAGACAGGUGUCCCACAGCUUGGUUGCUUUUGAGGUGUUUCAGAGCGACACGGCCCUCACCCUCACCUCACCUCACUCCCAUUCAAUAUGAAAGGAUGUGUUAUGCUGAGUCUCUCUCUUCACAUCAAUUUCGAAUCUUGAUGCUCUCCUUUAUGGCUUUAUCUCAUCAUUUUCCCUUCCAAAUUACAUGAUUAUUGAGCCAAUGUACCGUACAUCAAUAUUUAAAAUAAAAAUUUAUUUUAAAUUUUUUAUAUAAAUAAUAAUGGAUUAGAAAAUGUUAUUGAGUUGAACCAUUUUUAUGAUUUUAUUGAUUUUUUUUUUUAAUUUUUAAAAUUUAAAUUUAAAGAAAUAUGACCUAAUUUAAAAGGUAGGUUUAUUUUUAUGUAGAGUUAAAUAAAUGAAGUAUGAAAUGCAUUUAAGUGGCAAUUUAUGAGAAGGUUUGACAAAUGAAAAGAUAGAGUCAACUAAAGGUACAACAUCACGAGUUAGAAAAACGUGUCAGUGGGAAAGGCAGCAUCAUCCUCCAUGUGUGCUAGGAACAGAGUAGAGUUCUAGUAGAGGGAGGAAAGGCCACGUGGAUGAUGUUGAAUGAAUGGAUGAUGGGAUCAUGGGAAUGCAUAUAGGGAUGCAAUCAUGAUGUGGGAAAAGAGUGUGAUGGGAUGCAUAGUAUGUAAUGAUGCGGGAAGGAAUAUGGUUCUUGAGGAAUAUAAGCGUUGGAAGGAUGGUGGAAAGAGCUGUUUUCAUCUGUAGCAGAGGGAGAAAUUGAUAUCGAAAGAAAGAGAGAGAGGGAGAGAUGAGGAAGGAGGUGAAGGAGACAACCAGCUUCAAGAGUGAAGAUGGUUCGGGAGCUUUAAACGGUGUUUCUGAUGAUUUAAACUAUCGCUCUCGAUUUUCUUCUCUCUUGGCCUCCACACACCGUGAUUUUCUGCUCUCUCCCACCGGACAACAGGUUAAAGUGUCGGAGCUGAAUGACAAGGUUAUUGGGCUUUACUUCUCAGCCAACUGGUACGCACCAUGUAGGAAAUUCACCCAAGUCCUGGCCGGCGCCUAUGAGCAACUCAAGAGCUGUGGCGCUGGCUUUGAGAUAGUGUUCGUAUCGUCUGACGAAGAUUCGGACGCUUUCGACAAUUUUCGAGCGUGCAUGCCAUGGCUUGCAGUUCCGUUUUCUGAUUUGGAGACAAAGAAAGCCUUGAACCGGAAGUUUGACAUUGAAGGUAUUCCUUGCUUAGUUAUAUUGCAACCUAAUGAUAAUAAGGAUGAAGCAACAUUGCACGAUGGGGUUGAACUCAUUUAUCGGUAUGGGGUCAAUGCAUUUCCAUUCACUAAAGUGAGGUUGGAGGAAUUGCGUAAGGAAGAGAGGGAGAAGCAUGAGAGCCAAACCCUACCCAAUUUACUAACAAACCACAAUAGAGACUUUCUCUUGGGUCGUCCCACAGCUAAACAGGUGCCUAUUUCUUCUUUAAUAGGCAAGACAAUCGGACUCUACUUCUCAGCUCAAUGGUGUCUUCCAGGCGUGAAGUUCACUCCCAAACUGAUUUCCAUCUACCAGAAGAUAAAGCAAACGCUGGUGGAUGACAACGAGGAGGAUUUCGAAAUAGUUUUCGUGUCAAGUGACCGUGACCAACCUUCAUUCGACUCCUACUUUGGCACCAUGCCAUGGCUAGCAGUGCCCUUUGGAGACCCAACCAUCAAAACCCUCACCAAGUACUUCGAUGUUCAGGGAAUUCCCUGUUUGGUCAUUCUGGGCCCGGACGGUAAAACCGUGACAAAGCAAGGGAGGUACCUUAUAAAUCUGUACCAAGAAAACGCCUACCCUUUCACCGAGGCUAAAUUGGAGCUGCUAGAGAAGCAAAUGGACGAAGAGGCUAAGAGCCUUCCUCGUUCGGAGUACCACGCAGGGCACCGCCACGAGCUCACUCUGGUGUCCGAAGGCACAGGAGGCGGACCCUUUAUCUGCUGUGACUGCGACGAGCAAGGCUUGGGGUGGGCGUACCAAUGCCUUGAAUGUGGGUAUGAGGUGCACCCCAAGUGCAUGAGAGUUGUGGACCGUGGCUCCACUCUGGAAAGGUGAUGGGGCUCUAGUUGUGCUGCUAAUCAAAUUGGGGGUGCUGUGCAUUUGUGGCUGUGGGGUUCCUUUUGUUAAUUAUAAUAGGUUUGGUUUCUCCGCUUUUCAUCAACUGUGUGGGUUAUAACUAGGAAUGUUCCUUAUACUGGCCUAAUGGAUGUCAAUGAAAGCUGAUGAAAUGUUUAAAAAUUACCCCUUCAAUUAAAAAAUAUUAUACUA